GUUGUCAAAUUCAAUCAAAUUGUUGGCAGAAAAUCAGAGUACAUAAAAAAAUCCAUCUGUUUUCGUAAAAUCUAUUUUCAUAUAUGAAAAGCGGGUUAUUUUGUUUCUUGUUUGUGUGUGAAAUAUUGUGUUCUUGCAGAAAUUGCAUAACCGUGAGUACAGCUUCUACUAUAUGCCCAGUGAGGAAACAAUGUCGUAAUAUCCCGUCGAAAGAUACAAUUUUGAAUCAAUAUGGACAAAGUAGAAGAACCAGAAACUGUGGCCAGCCCUCUGCCAGAGCCGGAGAUGCCGAUGGAAUCUGAGACUGAUUAUUCUAGUAUUAGAGGGAAAAUGAUUCUGGUCAGUCCAAGUACAGAUGAAUAUGAACUAUUGAAGAAACAACUUACUGAGAGACUAGAGUCAGGAAAUGGUGAAAUUAUUUAUGAUAUAGGACAUGGAGAAGAUGGUAAGGGUCUUACAGAAGAUGAAUACAAUGCAUCAGUUGCAACCCUACAGUCCCUUGUAAGUGAGAGGAUAUCUUGUGUAGAACUACGAAAGUGGGACUGUGGCACCGGCAUUGUUGGGCAGUAUCUACUCAGAACUGAAUUGGAUCAUAAUGACUUUAUGGAGAUAAGGGUUGCAGUAGUGGGAAAUGUAGAUGCGGGCAAGUCAACAUUACUAGGUGUGCUGACGCAUGGGGAACUAGACAAUGGGAGAGGACAUGCAAGGCAACGGCUCUUCAGACAUAAGCAUGAAGCUGAAACUGGCAGGACCAGUUCUGUGGGGAAUGAUAUACUUGGCUUUGACAGUAUGGGUAAUGUUGUCAACAAACCCGACCAUGGUACUCUUGACUGGGUAAAGAUCUGUGAGAAAUCAUCAAAAGUGAUCACAUUCAUUGACUUGGCCGGACAUGAGAGAUAUCUGAAGACAACUGUAUUUGGUAUGACCGGACAUGCGCCAGAUUUUGGCAUGUUGAUGAUCGGUGCCAACGCGGGUAUUGUGGGAAUGACAAAGGAACAUUUGGGACUAGCGCUUGCUCUGUCCGUGCCAGUAUUUGUUGUCGUCACCAAGAUCGAUAUGUGUCCGCCGAAUGUACUACAGGACAAUCUGAAGUUAUUAAUUAGAAUACUGAAGUCUUCCGGCUGCCGCAAAGUACCAGUUAUGGUUAAGACGAAAGAUGACGUCAUCGUUAGUGCAACUAAUUUUGUGUCCCAACGUCUAUGUCCAAUCUUCCAAGUAUCGAACGUGACGGGUGAAAACUUGGAGCUGCUGACGAUGUUCCUUAACCUGCUGAAGACCAGGAUGCCUUCGCAAGAUGACAAACCUGCUGAGUUCCAGAUUGACGAUACAUAUUCUGUUCCGGGUGUAGGAACAGUUGUAUCAGGAACAACUCUAGCGGGUGUUAUUCGUUUGAACGACACGUUACUUCUAGGGCCUGACCCGCUCGGCCGCUUCGUGCCGAUCACUGUUAAAAGUAUUCAUCGCAAACGAAUGAGUGUGCAUGAAGUGCGAGGGGGACAGACUGCUAGCUUCGCACUUAAAAAGAUUAAACGAUCAGCAAUCCGUAAAGGUAUGGUGAUGGUAUCACCAGCGCUGAACCCUCAGGCUUGCUGGCAGUUCGAAGGAGAGAUUCUUGUUCUGCAUCAUCCCACCACCAUAUCUUCCAGAUACCAAGCCAUGGUACACUGCGGCAGUAUUCGUCAGACGGCGUCGAUUCUCUCGAUGUCUCGCGAAUGCCUCCGUACGGGAGAUAAGGCGCGUGUGAGCUUCAGAUUCAUCAAGCACCCAGAGUACUUGCGACGGGGACAAAGGAUGGUAUUCCGUGAAGGGCGUACCAAAGCUGUGGGUAAUGUACUACGUCCUGAACCUCAUGCUCAGGCGACUGCCAGACAUCAUAGACAUGAGCAUAGGCAUCUCAAUGCGGUACAAGAAACCGAUGAAUCUGGUGCUAACUCUGCUUUACAAAUGACGGGUGACAAGAGGCGACGUGGGCGCAAAAGGCAUGACAAACACGGACCACAAGCGCCAUCGGCAUCUGCCGUUGUUGCUAAUUAAUACAAAAAUUCAGAAACCUACUCUCAAGCCAAUUAAUUCAGAACUCACUCUGGAACAAACCUGAAAACUGAAAUGUAAUAAUAAUUUAGUCUCGAAUACAUUUUAAAUUGGCUAGAAACUACAUAGGAUCUACUAUCUACUUAAAAUCAGAUACAUUGCAUUGAUUAAAAUACUUCAAAUAAAUAUGAUUCCCAAGUUAGUGAUGAAAAUAGCAAUAUAAAGAAAGCAACAUUUUUAUAUUAUUCUAUUAAAUACUUAAUACAAUAGCUGUCCUUCUAACAGCCAGGUAAUAUUUAUAGUAAACUCGUCUAACUCAAUAAUUAAAUAUAUCCAUUUAUUUGUUGUACGAGGCUCAAUUUUCUGUACAUUCUUAUUAUGUACUGAAAAUUAUACAAAUGUCAAGUCUCUAUGGUAAGCAUAACAGUGUACCUAUAUUUUUAUUCAAAUUUAUCUGACAUAUUCAUUGCAUAAAUAAGCACAAGUAUACAUUUUUCUCUAGUACCACUAUUUUAUAAAUAUCUAUCACAUAUUUUCAUAUUAGAAUUUAGAUUACUCUUUUUAUAAAAAAUCAAAGAGAAUUGUAACAGUAAUUUUGAAUUGAAUGAUAUAUUCAAAGUUAUUAGGUUCAACAAUGCAAUAAAGUUGGCAACCAUUGCCAAACCGCCUAAAACUAAGAAGUACAAUGUACAACUGUGUACUAUUGACCUUAUAUAGUACAUAUGUAGCUAAUACAUAUUGUAGGGAACCGUCUAUUUUAUUCAUAGAUACUUAUCAAAAUUUUUUAUAUUCCUCAUUCUACAAAGUUUUAGGCUAUUAAGGAAUAUUUAUUAAAGGAAAAUUUGAGUUUUCUUGGUGCAAUUUGUGUUUAAAAAUUAGAAGACUAUUUUGUGUGGAGAUUGUCCAUUUAAAAUUAUAUUUACAUUAGGUAUUAUAAAAAUUUCAAAAUUUUGUGUAUGAUUUGGUGUUCUAGGCUAAAUGUCUUACAAAAUUAUUGUUUUUAAAAAGUGGUAAUUCUUUUUUUUUUGUUUUAACAGGAAAGUUAACUUAAAAAAUAAAUUUUUGUAUAAAAAAUUUAUUUGAAAAGUUCCAUGCCUAGUAAGUUGUGUCAAUAUUAGUAAUGCUAGCUGCAAUCCAUAUCAUAGCUGUAUUCAGUAUUUGUUUUGGUACCAUCGUAUUGUGAUUUCUUAGAAUAAGUGAUGAGGUAUUUAUAUUGAUUUGUUCAGAAUUUGAAAAUAAAACUAGCUCAAAUAAAA